AGGGGGCGGAGACGCACGUGGUUUUGGCUGUGCUAGGCAAGAGCUACCUGUCUGGAUUGUUGGCAUUCCUCAGUUUUCUGUCCUCUGCACCCACCCUUGGGAGUUUACCCAAAGAUGAAAAUGGAGACGCAAGACCCUUCCCGAUGGGAGGCAUCAGCUGGACCGGGGAAAGCGAUUUGUGUCCCCCAGGAUCACAAGCCCAGGAUGGACCGGGGAGGAGAAAGUAAGCCUUCUGAAGCGACACCUCCUGAAAGUACCACAGGAUCCCUCAGUAGGGCGAUUCUGUAUCGGGUGAAGGAGGAACCAGAGGAAGGUUUGCCCCUGCGCUGGGAAGCCCAGUGGCAGGAGUUCCUGAGGACCGUGGAUCCCCCUCGUUCAAUGCCGGGGCUUCCGCCAGUGGCAGAGAGGCCCACUGCCCCAUGGGAUGACGCCAAGGCCUUCUUAGCCUCCUUCGAGCAGGUGGCCGAAGCCUGUCACUGGCCCAAGGAUGAGUGGGCGGCCCGGCUCCUGCCAGCCCUCAGUGGGGAAGCCAAACAGGUCUUCAGCAGGCUGGAGGCCAGGGACAGAGAGGACUAUGGGAAGGUGAAGGCGGCCAUUUUGCAAGGGGACUCCCUGAGGAGAGAGAGGAUGCGUCAGCAUUUCAGGCGCUUCUGCUACCAGGAGACGGAUGGCCCUAGAGGGGCUUACCGCUGCCUCCAGGAAUUUUGCCAUGGUUGGCUGAGAGCAGAGAAACACUCCAAGGAGCAGAUCCUGGAGCUUUUGAUCCUGGAGCAGUUCCUGAGCAUCCUUCCGCCGGAGGUCCAGAGCUGGGUGAGAGAACAUGGCCCCGAGAGCUGCUCACAAGCAGUGGCCCUGGCUGAGGACUUCUUGCAGAGUCAACAAGAUGCCCAGGGACAGGAAGACCAGGUGGUGUUGGAAGAAGGGGGUGUGGCUCUCUCCGAGGCAGGCCAGAUUUCGGAGCGUCAGUUGGCCAGAGAAACCAAGGAGGAAGAUGAUGGGGCUCGCAGCGUGUCCGGUGAUGGCUGGAAGAGUGAGAAUAAGGGGGAACUGCCUGGGAGACCGCUAGAAAAAGUUGGCCACAAAGCAUCCAAGGAGAACUUUUGGAACCGAGGUGGACCCAAGAGGCAGGAGGAGAACCAGGCAGAACAGAGGAGGGAUCCAUCCAGUCCUUGUGAGGGUGAGGAUUUGGAUGAGAUUCCCAUUUGGCUGGAUCCAUCAACGGAAAAGGGGAGGAGCAAGUAUCUCAGCCUUCAUUGGAGAAUCGACGUAGGUGAGCCGCCGUCUCGAAGCUUUGAGUUUGGGGACGGCUUCAGUGAGACCAGGAACCUUCUCGAAUGCCAAGUAGAGCCCAAGCCGUACCACUGCCCCGAGUGCGGGAAGAGCUUCAGCCGGAGCACAAACCUGACCUCACACCUGCGAAUCCACACAGGGGAGAAGCCGUAUGGCUGCCCAGACCCAGUCUGCAGCAAGCGGUUUUGUAGCCAGUCAGAUCUGAUCAAGCACAAGAGAAUCCACAAAGGGGAGAAACCGUACCAAUGCUCCCAGUGUGGGAAAAGCUUCAGUCAGGGCUCCCACCUCAUUUCCCAUCAGAGGAUCCACACUGGAGAGAAGCCCUACAAGUGCCUAGAGUGCGGGAAGGCCUUCAGCAAGAACACAAACCUGACGUCGCACCAGAGAAUCCACACCGGGGAGAAGCCAUACACCUGCCUGGAGUGUGGGAAGAGCUUCACUUGGAGCUCCAACCUGACGUCCCAUCGGAGAAUCCACACCGGGGAGAGACUCUACAAAUGCUCGAGCUGCAGCAAGAGCUUCUGCAACCACUCCACCCUGAUUAAGCACAUGAGGAUCCACACCGGCGAGAAACCCUACAAGUGUUUUCUGUGUGGGAAGGGCUUCAGCCAGAGCUCUAGCCUCAUUUCCCAUAAGCGAACUCACACUGGGGAGAAACCCUACAACUGCACCGAGUGUGGGAAGAGCUUCAGCAAAAAAACCAACCUCACGUUGCAUCAAAGGAAUCACGCUGAGGGGAAAUGAGCAUUCAUCAGCAUGGGGAAAUGCAGAAAGAGGUUGAGCCUCAGUGAUGAAAGAACCAAAGAAUUUGUGCAGAGGAGACCAGGCAGUGAGGUAAAACAGGAGUCAAGCGAGGGGAUGCACUGGGAAGCCCAAUGGCAAGAGUUCUUGAAGACUGUGGAGUCUCCUCCCUCAGAUACGUUGCCUGAUAAACCCUCGCUGUGGGAGGAUGCCGAGGCCUUUCUGGCCUCCUUCGAGCAAGUGGCUGAAGCCUGUCAGUGGCCCAAGGGAGAGUGGGUGGCCCAACUUCUGCCAGCCCUCAGGGGAGAAGCCGCACAGGCCUUUAGCAAACUUGAGGCCAGAGACAGAGAGGACUAUGGGAAAGUGAAGGUGGCCAUCUUGCAAGGGGACACCAUGAGGAGGGAGAAACAGCGCCAACACUUCCGGCAUUUCCGUUACCAGGAGGCUGAGGGGCCGAGAGUGGCUUACGGUCGGCUCCAGGAACUUUGCUUUCAGUGGCUGAAGGUGGAGAGGCACUCCAAGGAGCAGAUCCUGGAGCUCCUGAUCCUGGAGCAGUUGCUGACGGUCCUGCCUCCAGAGAUACAAGGCUGGGUGAGGGACCGUGGCCCAGAGAGCUGUUCCCAGGCGGUGGCCCUGGCCGAGGAGUUCCUCCAGAGGCAACAAGAGGACCUGAGGCGGGAAAACCAGGUGGCAUUUGAGAAAGUGUCUGUGAGUUUCUCUGAGGUGGGCCAGGAAAUGUCUGAUGUUGAGCGGUGCCAGGUGCUCGCCGAACCCAAGCAGGAGGAUGCCGGGGCAGCCAGCCUGCAAGAUGGUGUGAGGGAGAGCGAGAAUGAGGGGGACCGAUUUGGGGUCUCACUAGGAGGGGGCAAACAUGAAGAGCUGAAAGAGAAUUUUUGGAAUCCGAACGGGCUGAAGAAGCAAGAGGAAAGCCACAUGAAGAAGAUGAGGGGUGAAUCCAGUCCUGGUCAAGAUGGGGACUUCCGGGAAAACCGAAUGGCCGAAAGAAAGAAUGGGUGCAUGGGAGCUCACUGGGGAAUCUAUAUAGAACAGAAUCCCAAUCAAAGCUUAGAGUUUGUUCAGACCUUCACUCGGAGAAGAAAUGUUAUAGAAUGUCAAAAGGACCACACAGGGGAGAAACCAUACAAGUGCCUGGAGUGUGGAAAGAGCUUCACCCAGAGUACAACCCUUAUUGCACACCAAAGAAUCCACACAGGGGAGAGGCCAUAUACCUGCUUGGAGUGUGGGAAGAGUUUUAAUGAGAGCACAACGCUCAUUUCUCACAAGAGAAUCCACACAGGGGAGAGGCCAUAUCAAUGCUCGGAGUGCGGCACUGGCUUCAUUCAGAGCUCGAGCCUGAUGUCACAUCAAAGAACCCAUACGGGGGAGAAGCCAUACAGGUGCUUGGAGUGCGGGAAGAGCUUCUGUCAGAGCUCCCAACUUGUUCGACAUCGGCGAACUCACACAACAGAGAGGCCAUACAGUUGCUCAGACUGUAGCAAGAGCUUCGGUCACAAAUCGAGCCUUAAUAAGCAUGAGAGGAUCCACACGGGAGAAAAGCCCUACACAUGCUUGGAGUGCGGAAAGAGCUUCUGUCAGAGCACACACUUGACAUCCCACCAAAGAAUCCACACAGGGGAGAAACCCUACAAAUGCUCAGACUGCAGCAAGACCUUUGGUAACCAAUCUGGCCUCAUUAAACACCAACGAAUCCACACAGGGCAGAAACCAUAUACGUGCUCAGUGUGUGGGAAGAGUUUCAGCCAGAGCACACACCUUAUUAGACACAACCGAAUCCACGCCGGGGGGGAUCUUUCCACCAGAAACUCCCCAUACAGUUAGGUCCUUCUCUGGGGCCCUGUUCUGAAUGAGCAGAAGCUAGUUUUGGCAAGGACAUGGGUUUUUUUGACAGCCAUCUUUCUCUGUGGAGUUCUGGGGUUUGGUGGUUUGUUGGUGGUUUCAGCUGAGUGUGAGCAUCAACAAUUUCAGUAUAUUGUAUUGUUUUAAAUAAAUUGUCCUGGACUUCCUUCUGGCUUAGAAAGGUGAGCAUAAAACAAUGAAGCCUGUAUAAAUGUCUGGAUUCUCUGGAA